AUGAAGAGAAAAUUCGUUGUUUCCCUUGCUCGGCUCUUCACGGUUGUCACUUUCGUCACAACCUGUGCUGGCGGCUCAUUCUACAACGCCCACGAUGAGCGACAGGAAACGUGCGUUCGAGGGCAGCGCUGGCGAUGGUCUCGCCGCAAAGAAACUGAAAAGCGAUGUGAGUACCACCCUUUGUUGCUGAAAGAACACCAGCAAUGGUUCCAGCGCCGCCAAACCACCCGCUGCAGCAUCAGCGAUGGACCUCAUCGCUCAAAAGCGCGCUGA